GGUUAACUACGAGCAAAUUUCUCCACCAGUAACUGUUUGCAAAUGUCAUAGCAAAUCUCUCAAUCACAUUUCAAGGUCAAUAUGCCCACAGCUUUUCUGAAUAUCACGAACGGGAACGGCUGUACAUGUAUUUAACUGCUCGAUCUCGAGCAAAGUGAUAUCUGACUGAGAAUUUAAUCGAUGAUGGCGAGAUCAAAGCCAAAAUACAGCUGCUCAGGAUCGCAAUAUUGACCUUGAACUGUGACUGAGAGUGAGAGACUAGUAUGACAUUUGUGAACGGUUACUGGUGGGGAAAUUUGCUCAAAGUCAUCCGGUGCAAAACUGCAUUUAUAGCGCUGGCCGCUGUCUACUGAAUUAUGUAUCUUUGAUGAGCCAUAGUUUUGAUGAGUAUGCCGUAAAGAAGAAAGGUUGUAAAUGGCUCUUUGUGUCUCAUGAAUCAGCUUCAUCCUCAGAUCUUAUUUCAGCUCUUAAAGUGUCCGAAGGAGAUGCCAUUUUCAAGUUUGAGCCAUUCGUUCUCCAUGUCCAGUGUGAAACAAUCGAACAUGCUAGAAAAAUGCACCAAGCAGCAGUGGCAUCUGGCUUCAGAAAUUCAGGAAUCACUAUUGGAAAUGGAGGAAAAAUAAUAGCAGCAAUCCGCAGCACUCAUGGUCUUGAGGUCCCUCUCACAGCUGAAGGUAGACUGCUAGUUUCUGAUGAGUAUAUCAACUUCAUUGUUAACAUUGCCAACUCAAAGAUGAAAGAAAAUUUUAAUAGGAUUGAAAGAUUCCAAGAUACUCUUGAAGCAAUGUUGAGUGAGGAAGAUGAAGAUGAUCCCACUUCAAGGAUUAAGCAUGGAAGAUCAAGAUAUAAAGUCAAACACAAACUUACCCAGACAAGCGACUCUGAGAUGGACUUAGAAACUAAUCAUGUCGGUGAAUACAAGAGAUUAAAGGACUCAGAAUUCAAGGGUAAUGGCUCAAACAGUGGAGAUAAUGAUUGUGAUGUCAUGUCAGACCUGCAAGGGUUUGCCUCCAUCUUUGAUCAUUCUGAUGAGAAUAGAUGAUGAUAGAGAAUAUAAUAAAUGGAAAGUAGUAUACAUGUAUGCCAAAAGUAAGGUCGAUCAGUGGAGAAAUCUGAAGACUUUCAUUAGAUCCUACAGCAACACAAGCAUUCUUUUGCAAGGUGUUUAUCUGCAUUUGCUACUCUCAAUCUAGACAGCUGGCAGCCGUCUGUUUUGAGGAUUUUUUUAAACAUUUUUUUUAUUUUUUUAUUUCUCCUCGUACACAGAUGGCUCGCUAUCGUGCCACGGCCAUUAGGGGACUUACAAUGCAAAAUCCCCCGACAGGGCUCAUCGAUUUUUGUCUUUAUUUCAUAAAAAUAUAUAAAAGGAACUGUACCAAAAUAAAGAUUAUUAUUCCGUUUUGGCCUGAAAUGCACUAAAACGGGGAAAAAAUAAACUUAAAUGGGGAAAAAACAGUGACUUACUUCGGCUGUCACGCAACUUCACUUCCCUGUUUUAUCCAAACUUAAUACAUAAACGUAUGGCCAUUGAGUCCCUGUACAGAUCGAGCUAGAACUUCGGUCUCUGUAUUUGGUGAGUGGAGCCAACGGAGUUCAGCGGAAUAUAACAGAGACCGAAGCUUUCUACUCUCAAUCCAGGUGUAGUAGAUGGAUAGUCGGUAGUAAGGAAUUUCUUGAUUGCUUGAUCAAGAUAGCUGUGCCAAAGCUGGGGCAUAGUCAUUGCCAGGGCCUCAAAAGAAAUGUUGCAUUUAAUGGAAUAUUCAUCCUUAUACCAAUUUGAUUAAAAUCAAAAGCACAAAGAUGAAAAAUUUAUUUGGAUUGAUGGUAAGGUUUGAUGAAGCUAUAUCAAAGAAUAACAAUAUAUUUUUCAAUGUUUACAUGUAUUUUGUGACAUUAAUGCAGGCAGCUGUUCCACACACGAAUAUGAAUUCCAUCAAUCCACAAUUUUAUGUUUCAUGAUAAUUGAAAUUAUUUUGACUCUAGGGAAUAUGUGUGAAAUAAUGUAACUGGUAUAUUUGGCAUUGACAGGUGAAUUAUUUUCAGUCUUCUAAGAAAUUGGCAUUUUAAGGGGGGGGGGUUAUCACAGGGUACAUGUACAUGUAUAUGGGGGAGCUGCUCACAUGUAGCAUCACAAUUAAAACAUCAAUCAUUUCUUUUUAUAGAUUUUCAUUAUUUUUUCUAAAUUUUCUCUUUUUUUUGUUUAAACCAACUUGAUAUCAGGGUGAGCUUCCCCUUAUGAGAGUUCAUUAUCUUUUGUAACUUCUGAAGGUUUCCAUGGCAAAGACGAUUGUAGUGAGUUUCACAGUACACCAUGUAUCUUUCUUGCGCAAUUGUUGGUCCUGAAAAGGACCACCCAAACUUAUAUUCUUAUUCAAAUUGUAAAUCAUCAAUAUCAUGUCUGGUGAAUGGGAUAAUUACAGAUUAAAAGGUCCUAUGAUAAAAACAAUGAUUUUAAAA